CUCCCUCUCUCAUACACACAUACAAUAUCACAAAAUUGAAUAGGGCUUGAUGCGGAGUUUGGAGAGCAGGCAAUGAGAAAUAAACGGCAGUGGGGAACGUCCAUACCUAGGUUAUGUACAUGUACAUUACAUCUACUCCGUACAGCGUAUGGAUGGGAGGAGUAAGGAGCCGGGGUAACGGAGCUAUUUCCACGCUAGAAGCACACUACAAGGACAGCGUUUUCGUUAUCGAUAAGAAGGGGAGGGGAAGACAAAAAAAUAACUAGCUAACUGCCUAGGUAAGUUAGCUAACCUAACAGGAACACUGCGGGGGUGGAUAACUUAUCAUACAGAAUCAGGGUAGGUAGGGCAUGGCGAGUUGGAGAUGUAAGUACAGCUCAGCAGAAGAGGAUUUUCGAUAUGAGGAUCCCGGGUAAUUAAGUAUAGCUGGAGGUGAUUAAAUAGCUUCUUUUAAGAGUCUUUAUUAUGAUGGGAGGAAUACAGAUAAUACGCCCUAUAAUAAUUACAGUAGUAGAGCGAAUAAAUCACUGUCAGCCGCCACAUUAGAUGCAGCUGUCGUCGUGGUGGUGGUGGCAUAGGAAUGUUACUUGUAACUCUCCACUCCUUAAUACGUCUUCUAUUCUGCUCUUGUUCCUUUUUCUCUCUCCCCCGCCACAACUAACUAGAGGUUACCACCAUCACCACCAAAUUGUUUCUUCCAAAGCUGAAGCUUGUCUUGCUCUUCUGGCUAAGACACAACAGUCCCACUGCUCUGACAAAUCCUGGAGUUCGAGCAAACUUUCCUACAUUGGAGGGAUCACUCACCCCGAGCCUAGUGACCUGCUGGUAUGACACGAUCUGGCUCUUGUGAAGUCGAUAUGACGUGCCUGUGGUCAUGAUUUCUGGUCCACCUCGGCUCACCUCACCUGCCACCGCACUACCCUACCCUACCACUACUAUUACCACCACCACUGCCACCAGCACCACCACUGCUUGGACCUUGGUUUGCUCCGAUCCCGUGGCUAGCGUUGGGAAUUCAAGCCCGAAUUAUUCCUCCUCCUCUCAACAAACUCUACCUGCCAUCCGGGUCUGCAGACCGCUUGGACAUUCAGCUCUCUGUCUGCUUAGACGGUGGACUGUCCCUACCUUCGUCAUCCGCUUACUGAGAGUCAUCGUCAUCCUCGCUUAUCAUACUUCACUUGGUGACAGCAGUUGACCUGUUGCAGCCAUCUACGCCUUGCCCUCUAUUGCCCUAUGAUCGCGCUGGAUUCGAUCCCCAAAUCACCCCUCCCGGUUGUCUCUUACCUACCUCUUACUUAGUCCCUUUAUCAUUCCUACCGCCAAUCCAUUUCGUUCCCGAUAUUCAAGUGUGAUCGGCUGUGCACCAAGCUCUCUCUUUCAAGCUUGUUCCCUUUAAGUACCAAGUCACAACACAACCCAACAAUGACUUCGAUACUGCCUGAUGAGAUGAUGGAGUCGCCUGGCCCGACCACACCAAUGAGCGUGGAAUCCGCGGACAACCACCCGGGUAUGCCCCCGAAGAGAAAAAGUGAGAAGCUUCUGCAUGGACUACAGCGUAUCGCAUCAAGCCCUUCCCUGUUGAAAACUGGCAGGCAGCGCUCUUCGUCUCUUGGUAGCCGGCGGCACGGGAAAGCUUCAAUGUCCUGUGUCUCUCUUAACUCAACAUCCUAUACGCAAUGUUUUACAAGCCCAGCCUCACCACAGAUGUAUGGGUCUCUCGCGGCUAGGAACAAUACCGUCCCCCACAGCCAGGGCGUUCAUGAUGAGAACAGCAUCCCAAUAAGGGUUGUAACGUCUGAUGCUGCUGCUGCUGCUGUCAAUACCACUUCCCAUAGCUCCAUACCGCUCCCUGCAGAUAUGCGGCCAACGUCCAGAGGCAGUCUUCUACCGAGUUCAAUGGAACUUGACGAAAACCUUUGUGAAAUGCCGGAAAUGGUUACAGUUAUGGUGAAAUCACCGAAGCCUCGGUUUGAAUUCUGGGCGGAUAUGCCGGAGGAAAUUAAAAUGGCCAUUCUGCAGUAUCUACCCGCUAAAGAUCUCUUUAGAUGCUCCCGCGUGUCCAAAGCGUGGAACAAAAUGUGCUUCGAUGGACAGCUGUGGGCUAGGCUGGAUACAUCCACCUACUACACCGAUAUACCCAGUGAAGCCUUGGUAAAAGUGAUUACCGGUGCAGGCCCGUUUUUGAGGGACUUGAACCUACGUGGCUGUACCCAGCUGGAAAACGCAUGGUUGUCACAUGGAGAGCUCAUAUCCAAUACUUGCCACAAUCUCGUCAACCUGUGCAUAAGGGAUUCCAGGAUUAACCGAACAACCCUCCAUUUAUUAAUACGGAAGAACCCCAAGCUGGUCCAUGUUGAUGUAUCUGGACUGUCCAUAGUUAACAAUGCCUCCAUGAAAACAAUCUCUCAGAACUGUCCCCAACUGGAAUUCCUCGACAUCUCCUGGUGUAAGGGCGUCGACGCCAGAGGGUUGAGACGGAUUGUCGCCUCUUGUCCUCACUUGAGAGAUUUGCGGGUGAAUGAGCUGUCCGGCUUUGAUAAUCGUCAACUCCUGGUGCAGCUGUUCGAGACAAAUAGCCUGGAACGGCUGAUACUCUCCCACUGCUCCUCCUUAUCGGAUGCAAGCUUGAAAAUUCUCAUGGAGGGGGUCGAUCCAGAGAUCGACCUUUUGACCGGCCGUGCUGUCGUUCCUCCACGGAAAUUGAAGCAUUUGGAUUUAUCCCGCUGCCGCUCUUUGACUGAUGUGGGGAUCAAAAGCCUUGCCCAUAACCUUCCAGACUUGGAAGGGCUGCAGCUGUCACAGUGUCCAAAUAUAGGGGAUAAUGCCCUCCUAGAAGUCAUCCGAACCACUCCCCGCCUUACACACCUGGAUCUCGAGGAAUUAGACAAGUUAACCAACACGUUCUUACUUGAGCUCUCAAAGGCGCGGUGCGCGGGAACCCUCCAACAUUUGAAUCUUAGCUACUGCGAAAGAGUCGGCGACACAGGGAUGCUACAACUUUUGAAAUCCUGUCCUCGUAUCCGGUCCCUCGACCUCGACAACACAAGAGCCUCCGAUCUUACCUUAAUUGAGCUCUGCAAACAGGCCCGCACGCGCGGAUCGAGCAAUAGCUUCCCCCGUCUUGGCUUCAGAGUAGCCGUCUUUGACUGUGGAAACGUCACCUGGGUAGGCAUUAGAGAAGUGCUGUCCUGCAACACGUUCGUGGCACGCCCGUUUCCCAUCGCCACCGCCGCCGGAGCCAUACCUCCCAAAACCCCUACCGAAUCAAACCAAUCUCUAUCAUCAUCAUCAUCAUCCUCCUCCUCCUCCUCCUCCUCUACCUCCGGUUCCACCGAUUCCACAACCUCCACCACAACCCUCACAGACCCCCAUCCCACGUCCUCAAUCAUCCCAAUCACCACAAUAACAACCACCACCCCCAUAACCCCAAACCCUGAAACCCCCUCCAACCCUUCCUCCGACACCAUCCCCACGACCCCUCCCCCGCCACCCAGCGCCACAAUCCUCUACCCAAAAGAAAUCAUCGACCUCAAAUGCUUCUACGGCUGGCAGAUGAUGGUCAACGAACACACCAAGCGCGUGCUGCGCGGCAACCUCGCGGCCGCCAUGCGGCUCGAGCGCAAAUGGGCGGAUUAUAUGAUGGCGAACGAGGAGGCUGGAUCGGGCGGGGCUGGGGCGCGCCGCAGGCGGCGGAGGGCAAGGGAAGUGGAGCGCAUGUAUAAUGAGGAUGAUGAAGGGGAUGAGAGUGCGUAUGGGCCUGCGGGACUGGCGCCAUUGGGGGGACGGAGGAGGAGGGCGCGGAGUGGAGGGUGUGUGGUAAUGUAAAAAGUGAGGGGGGAAGGGGGAGAUAGGUUAGUGAACUCCACCAUUUUUUGAGACGGAUAUAUGGUGUUACGCACGUUCCUUAUGUGUGUGUUUCUUUGACAACUGCAUAUCUUUUUCCGGUUUACCUUUUUUGAUAAUAAAUGCUACUUAACAGGCUGGUUUACCCCUCACCAUGAUCCUCUUUGUAUCUUGAACAUAUAUUUCCUUUUUAUUCCACUCUGCCAUUUCCCUUGUCCCCGCUCCCUCAGUUUCUGUUCCCCAUCUAACACUGACUCCUUAUGUACUCGUACAUUUUUCCUCUUAUUGUCUCUUUUCCCCCUUAUUGUCCUAACUACUGUUGGUUAUAUAUUGCAUCCAUUACAUGCGUUGGGAGUUUGCAAAAUUAUCGAUCUAACCUUGUCUCACCUGCCUCCUCGCCGCUAGGCUCCCGAUGUAUGUAUGUACCUCGUGGAGAAGGCACCAGCUGGCCUACCUCAUUUUUCCAGAAAGCGAUGAUGUAUGAUGUAUGAUGUAUGAUGGGAUGGGAUGGGAUGGGAUGGGAUGGGAUGGGAGAAGGGUCAUUUUUGCAUAUUACAUCCCUGCCAUACCCACCUUAUCCCUUGAUGGAUGGGGACGAGUACGUACGCUAUAUAUAUAUAUAUAUAUAUGAAAGCGGAGCAAAGCGUCCGGGAGUAAGGGAUAGCUAAACCCGACGGGUCAUCUGGAUGGAAGGGGGAUAUGUUCUGCGGAUCAGUUAAUGCGUGGGGGGUAAGUUAUUUGCUAUUUAUGUAUGGGUUGGAAUGGGGCGGGGUUACACGGUAGUUAUACGGGGCCAGGCCUAGCGGUGUUGUUCGUUUGUUAACUAUUUACCUGUGGGUGGUGGGGUGGGUUGUAUUGGGCGAUUUUGAGAGUUAAUGGUGUAAUGUUAUUGUCUGGGUGGCUUUCUCCAGUUCCAGAGUCGGUGUUGGUUGGUGUCUGUUGGUUUUUUUUUUUUUUUUUUUUUUUUUUUUUUUGUUUGUUUGAAAGAUCUAUUCUUCAAUUUCCAUUUCCUUUCUGAUAUUGUGUAUGUCCCCCCCAUCUUGUUAGUCUUUGUUUUAAACUGGUAAGUUAGCUUUCUCUCUUCUUUGAAACGAAAGCUUUUUUCUUUCCUAUUUCUUCGUUUUCUUUCCUAUUUCUCCGUCUCUUGGUCUUAUAACGUACGUUACAUACCUACGUACUUGAUCCAACCACUCUCCUGACCCCUUGUACGGAAAGUACCAUUACACUAAUCUAGCUAUGGGACACACUACCUUAAGAAAUAUGGGGUAUAUGAUAUGUGCUGUAUGAUCCACGAACGGAGGAAUUGAUUAGGUCCUCUAUAAAACUAAAAGCGGGAUACACCUCAGUGGUCGUGGAGGUACCUAUAUAGAAUGAUUCCGCCAUGGGAAGUUUGAUUUUCAUACGCUGAAUAUAGAUAAUGGAUCAAGGCAACGGCUUAAAAUUGAGAUGAGGGAGCGUUUGACAUGGCGCAGGAGAACCGUUUAGGGAUUUUUUUUUUUUUUUUUUUUUUUUUUUUUUUUUAGGUCCUGCGUAUAGUUCUUUAUGAAUAACAUGCUAUUCCUCGAAGAAUCCGCCGUCGCUGUCAUCGUCAUCAUCAUCAUGAUUAACAUCAUCAUUAUUAUUCUUCCGGCCAUUCAUAUCCACAUCCUCCAUUCUCGAUCCUGAACUUCCCAACUUCCCCUUCUUCACAUCACCCCGCUUCUCGUUCUCGAUCUCCUUUUCCCUCUUCUUCUUCCCAUGCUUCUUGCCACCCGCCUCCACAGCCAGCGACAAUCCAUCAACGCUCUCAUCCCCAUCCUUCCGUCCCGACAGCACUGCUAACGGCCCGCUAUUCGCCGUCGUCUUCUUCUGCCCAGAAAUGCCAAUCCCAAGCUUCCCAUCCCGCAGAAGCUCGAGCGUGCCGUCCUUCAUACUCUGCUCGACCGCGUGCCACAGCGGCGGCUUCUCGCCCGAACAGUUGCGGAUGAUAUCUGAGUCCUCCGGCUCUGGCUCCAGUUCGGGAGCCUGUUUAUCGCGCCGCUGGUUCGGGUACAAGGAUAUGUAUUUCUCGGUCAGGGGAGAGUAUAUAGCAUAGUUGAGGUCGACUUGGGUGAGGUAUAUCUGUUCCUCGAGGGAAUCUAGUUCCUCUUUAUUUGGAGUUGGGUCUGAUUCUGUGAGUGCCUUUUUCCGUCUGAGGAGUUUGUUCAGUCGUCGGGUUGCUGCUUUUCGUUCUGAGAGUUAGAAGGACGGAGCGCGUUGUUAGCAUCCGUAAAGUAAAGUAUACGUAUAAGCUUUGUGUGUGUGCGUGUGUGUGCGUGUGUUAAAAAACCUCGGUCGUUCUACAUACCCAAAAACCUCACAAAAUGAUAUCUCUUAAUCAUUGCCGCCCGAUUCUUUCGAGAUUCAACAAUUUCCAAAUCCCUUUCAUACCCCACCAGCGCCCUCUCCUUCUCUAUCUUGACGUCGGCCGGAAGAUGAUCGGCACGCUGUAAGAGGCGCUUAAUGUCGCGAAUUUUGUUCUUAAGUUCGCCUGCGGAGGGGAGGUCUACAUCACGGGAACGAAAUGGUUUCACUGCGGCGCGUCCCGCAGUAUAGGCGCGAUCAUCUCGCUGCGACUGUGCUUUGGUGUAUGGGUUUGGAUCAUGUAUUCGGGGAUUGCUGGGUUGCUUGCGAGUUUUACUAUCAAACUCGCUUCGAUCGCGGUAUUUUCGGCGGUCGUCCUGCUCGUCUCGAGCUCUUGGAGAAGCCUCUCGCGCAUCAAGAUUGUUCCCCCUAUGUCUCUUUGAGGUCUCGAAGGAAAUUGAGUCGUCUUCUAUAUCCUUUCGUUUUCCUUGCUUCGUGAAUGAAGCCAUGAUGGUACUGGAAACACUUGAGUUUACCCGAUGUAUGGGUGCGGAUGGGAGAGUCAAAGAGGGGAAAUUGACCUAAUCCAUGCGUUUGUAAAUGGGUCUUAUAAUUUAUCGCCGCCGUAAUGAAGAAUAAGUUCUAGUCAAGAAGUGAACAGAGUCAAUAACUUCUUCACCUUCAACAAUCAACCACUCUUUCUUUAACAAUUUUCUCCAAAUUACCUUGAAGCU